UUUCGCCUACCUGGCCAGUCGCGCGCGCCACACACAAGCAGCCGCUUCGCUUCUUGCGCGAGUCCGGCCGCCGCCGCCGCGCGCCUGGGGAGCCGAUGGCACAGAAGGAGCCGCGCGGCCACUCAGCUCGCCGGAGCCCGGGACGCGGGGCGGGACGCGCCUCUUGCUUCCUGACCCAGUGAAUAAUCUGCUUAAGAAAUACAUUUUUGCGGAAAAAGAGGACCUCAGCUUCCUAGUGAUGUUCUCUUCAUGUCCUGUUUGCUGGUAGUACAAAAGAAGACUGGACCUUUGUCAUGGCUGUUUUUCUGCUGGGAGCAGUACUGCUUUUUGUUCAACCUCAGGCCGUUCCUUCCAGGCCUGCUGCCAGUUUUAAAGCUGAGGCUGCUACUCAGAAAGAGCCCUUUAGGAAAGGGGACCUCAAAGAGAGCAUCCACCUCAAUGGGACACUCCAGCGGCUUCCACAAACUAUCAUCAUUGGUGUACGGAAAGGUGGAACAAGAGCUUUACUAGAGAUGCUAAGCCUCCAUCCGGAUAUGGCAGCAGCAGAAAGCGAAGUCCACUUCUUUGACUGGGAAGAGCAUUAUUCAAAUGGAUUGCAGUGGUAUGUGAGCCAAAUGCCAUUCUCGUACCCAUACCAGAUAACAGUGGAGAAAACUCCAGCAUAUUUCACUUCACCAAAAGUGCCUGAAAGAGUUUAUAGAAUGAACAAACUUAUCCGAUUGCUCCUUAUCUUACGAGACCCAACAGAGAGAGUGCUGUCGGACUAUACACAAGUGUUUUUUAAUCACAUGCAAAAACAUAAGCUAUAUCCUUCCAUUGAAGAAUUCCUGGUUAAGGAUGGUGAACUCAACAUAAACUACAAAGCGAUAAACAGGAGCUUGUAUUAUUUUCACAUGCAAAACUGGCUGAAAUAUUUUCCUCUGGAUCACAUUCACAUUGUUGAUGGGGAUAAGUUAAUCAAAGAUCCUUUCCCAGAGAUAGUCAAAGUAGAAAGGUUUCUAAAUCUCUCACCUCAGAUAAAUGCUUCAAACUUUUACUUCAAUAAAACAAAAGGCUUUUACUGCUUAAGGGACAGUGGCAGGGAUAGGUGUUUACACGAGUCGAAAGGAAGAGCACACCCCAAAGUAGAUCCAAUCUUACUUGAAAAGCUACACGGAUAUUUUCGUGAACCUAAUCAGAAAUUCUUUGAGCUUGUUGGCAGAACAUUUGACUGGCACUGAGUGUGGUCCUAAGUUACAGAGACAAGCAUCUGGUGUGCCUAAAUGCUCCAGGGCACAUUUAGAAAAGGAGGGCAUUGACGAUAUAAUUUAUUUGUAAAAUCUAUGAAUUACUUCUGUACAAUAUUAGAGUCAUAAUUGCCAUGUAAGCUAGUAAUAUUUUUCUACUUGUUAAAUUAAACAGAAACACUUUUUGUAAUGUUUUUCAUAGUUAACACUGUAUUUAUGUCUAUAUGAGAAAAAACCUAUUUCAUGAAAGAAAGUAUCUUGAGAUUAUGUGGAUAUAAAAUACAUACAUUUUAAAAUGCAAUAUCUGCUUCCCAUUUCCCCAACUCCAAGGUCUCAAUGACACUUCAUAUGAUCUUCAUUAGGGUGGUAUCACAGUGAUUUAAAGAAUUUUUAACCAAUCUUACAAAAAAAAUCAUUUUACUGUAGUAGUAUCAUGUUGACAAUGGUUAUCAAAGCUUUUCAUCAUGAGAUUCCCAGGCCUAAGAAGCACAUGGUUGACUCUAUGGGCAAGCACAUUUAAAUGAGGAGAAGCCACGGGCAGAGCUUGCUGCUCUCAAAGGCAAAGGAUUUAGUCUCUCAGUGGACUGUUGUAUCCUGAAGCAAAGUGAGCAGAAGAAACACAAUCAUCUGCAAAAAUGGAAGUUUUGUGGUUGGCAAUAAGAAGAUGGACAGCACUCUCAGAGUAUAAUGGCCACAGCUUUAUUUAUCAUUACACUCAUGUCAAAGCAGAAGAUGGAAUAAAAUGGUCAGUUAACUAA